AUGCCGCGCAAUCAAGAGAGAAAGCUUCAAAACAAGAAGCCCAAGUCUCCGUUUUUACAAUCCGCAGACGACUGGGAUCAGUGGAAGAAGCGAACGGAAGGACCUCGCCUUGAAGAACCAAAAGAGCCGACGCUUCAGCCUGUCAAGUCGUUAGCAGAGUCGCUCGUUGAGUUGGCUCUAUCUGAUCUCACCAGCUUGCACUCGCUUGCCGCACAGUACAAGGCGGACCUUGCUCAUUAUCACAAAGCGCGACGUGCUAUGGACGAUCUUUUCAAAAACCAUCAUGGCAUCUAUAUCCAGUUGAAUAUGGAUCUCUGCUCCAAGAUGUGCACGGCCAGCCUUACGAAGAGCUAA